CAGAACGGGGCAACAAGAAGUCAGCAAAAAUUGGACUCAAAAUCGAAGGAACGACACGUCAAAAAGUAAUGGAUGACAACGAUGCAUUUGGUGAUGCUGAAAAGCCUGCCCAUGCAAAUAACUUGCAAAACUCCACGCCAGACACGCUGGUUCGAAUGGGGUUGUUAGCCACAAACAUUCUGGAAAAGUAUGGAUGGUUUAUUAUUUUGGGAAUAGUUUUGUUAUUCUUUGUACUGAAGAAGCUAAAGCCAUUUUUCCAGAAAUGGAAAAGCCAGAUGGAGGACUAUUCUAAUAAGAAAUCUGAUGAUCCAAAUCAUAUAUAUCAGCAGCAUGAGUCAAUGGAGAAAGCAAGGAAGAGAUUGCAAGAAAAAAUUGAUUUAGAUGUAGAAAAAGCCAAAGAGCGAAAGCAACAGUUAGAAGCAGAGAAGAGAAGAGAAAAAAUUGAAGAUUGGGAAAGGCAUCAACUUGGCAAAGGGUAUAGAUCAAAGAUAAAGAAACCACAUGAAGAAACUCCAGCACCAGAUUCAAGUAAACCAAAACCAAAACCAAAGAAGCCAUUGAGACCUGAUGACUACAACCCUCUAAUGGGACAAGGUGGAAGCUAUGGCUACAGACCCACUUCACGUAGAGAUCAGUCUGGAGGUGGAUGAGGAUAAUUUCUCACAAUGCAUAUUUUCAUGGGUAAAAUAAGAGCUAUCUGCAACUCAUAUUAAAUGUAUGAAUCACAGACCAUGCCUCAUAAGCAGAGUUUCAUGAUUUGUGGUUGCAGGAAGCAAAGUUUAACCUUUUACUGAAGCUAGUACUACACAACAUAAGACCAAAAGAUAAGCCAGAAAGUAAUAUUUUGUCAAUUUUAUUCCAAUGCAACUUAUUUUCUGAAACAGAAGAUUUCCAGCCCUGUUUUCUGUAUUUCAUAGUUUCAAAUUUGAUUGCCCCAAUAAUUUUUUAUAUUGAUGGGAUCUAUUUUUCUACAGAGGUAAUUCCUAUAACCUCUGGUGACCUUUCUUGGCUGUCAAAAUGAAAUUCCUUUUUUUAAAGGUGUCUUCAAAAUUGUGUUGGCUAUCCUAUACGUUUAGUAGACCACAGUUUGGAUAUUAUUUAUAGGUAUCAAGACUCCAAACAACCAUGACCCUUCUAUUGUUUUACUGCUUUCAAAUCUGUGAGAUGCAUGCAAAAUGCAUUAGGUAAUGGUAGUUCUAAUUUCAUACAUUUGAUAGUGAUGUUGAAGCCCGCUCUUAUUGCCAUGGCUGCAUUGUGAGAAUAUUAGCAAAGAAAAACAUGCCUAGGCUUGUGCAGUCAAAGUAAAUGACACUGGAUCAAUGCUUUGGUUGAUGAUGCCUCUCAUGUAAACACAUGAAGUGAACUGAUUGGCGGAUGUAAGCAUAUGCCAAGGCAUGGUAUUACAAUAGACUGGGGACUUUGUUUCAGUUGACAGAGAAACAAAUAUGAAAUACAAUGACAUAAUGCAUAAAUAAUGCAUAAUAUUUAUUGCAACAUUCAACUGAUAGAUAUAGUGUAAUUUAAGAAUAAAAAGUUACCUAAUGGUAUUCAUUUAUAUUUCACUUGUAAAUAGUGGUUAGUAGAAUAACUAAACAUACGGACUUAAAUGAAUUCCAUUGUUUUACAA